AUCCCACUCAAGGAACGGUUCUUCCGCUACUUUCAACAUGAGAUCACCGGUAUGGGUUUGAUUAGUUCUUGGGCUCUAUCGGGUACAGUCGAACAUAAGCUGAUGAUCCUGACUGAACAUAGCUCUUCAGGAACAAAUGGACCGUCUUGCCGAUACAGCCUUGGUAGGAGGUGAGAGAGCAGAUGCUACUGACCAUUCCCUGGCCGGGAUCGCACGGUUAUCCAACGAAGUCAAGGAUGCGGCUAGCUACAUCCCAACCUACGACCAGCGGAUAUAUGCGGAAGCCAUCAAAGCGCUCCAGGAUAAGCUGGCUGAAGUUCGGGCAGCGGUCGAGCCACGGUCCAAGUUCACCUUCAAGACGAAGAAAAAUGCUUCAGCUAUCUCACUGUCAGAUGCAGCUGAACUCGCCGCUGAAGGCCGACGUGGUAUUCCGGGGUAUCGUUCACCAGGCACGUCCUCCGUUAGUUCGUCUGCGAAUCAGACUCCCAAUUACCCUUCUACUCCCCUCAACGAGCCCGAUCGGAUACAGCUGUCAAGACCAGAGAUUGCACCGACUUCGAUGCCUGCUAUCGCCAUUGAUGAUACGGAUAGCGAGGUGGAAAAGAAGCAGAAGACUCCGGGUUUCUCAGCGGCUGCUGUCUCUUCCGUGUCAGUGAACAACCAUCACGGGCUUCAUAUCAUGCUUCCGGCUUCGGGCUCUACCUCCACUGUGCCCGCUUCUAUAACAUCUUUACGCCACUGUGUGGUGGAUAUGUCUAUCCCCACUACUGACGGGAAGCCGUACGCGAGCCUCACGGUUAAGGGAGUUAAGGAGAGUUUGUUGGUUUGCGGCCAGGUUGCCGGCCCCGCCCAUAUUACAGGAGUGGAGCACAGCGUCCUUGUGGUUUCUUGUCGUCAAUUCCGUAUGCACAAUUGCUCGGAUGUGGAUGUCUAUCUCAGUUCAUCCAGCAACCCAAUCAUUGAAGAUUGCACGAAUAUACGCUUUGGCCGGAUACCAAGGGCAUAUGUAAGUUGAUAAUUUAGAUCCGACUCGUUCAGUCAUCAAGAUUCUAACUUGAUCACCUAUAGGCAUUGGACCACGACCGCCCAGACCAUGAAGA